GUACAGUGCAGCUAACCUCGAAAAGGUGAAAAGGGAAAAGCGAUGGUCAGCACCAUUUAAUGUUAUUUAGAUUUCUAAGAAGUUUAAUCUUUUUUAGUUUUCUAAUUAGUAUUUAAGGCAUCUUAUUAAGAUUAAACCCUGAACGCUAAGCAUAAUUUUAAUCUUUAAAACGUAAAGAAGCCGCUAGAAAUACUAGAAAUAAGUGAAUAACAUACACACACAUCUUUCUCGUGAGCGGGUUCGCAAGCGGGAAAAUUGCAGUGUCCCCAUAGAAACGCGCGUACACGCACACCGCCUCCCCCUCAGAACGCGCACACGUAAACAGAACUUGUAGAGUGCACCAUCAACAUCGGCAGCAGGCAUCACGACGCAUCCUUCGGGCAACGACGCGUACCAUCACCACCACCAUCCGCACCGGGGCGCGAGGAAUCGCAACAGUGAAGGUAGCGGAAGCAGUAGCGGCGCCGGGGGCAGGAAAAUGCAUCCAUCGAAGAAGAUGAUGCCGGCCGAACUUGAUGAUCAUGAGAAGGGCAAGCUGUUUGUCGGUGGGCUGUCGUGGGAGACGAGCCACGAGAACCUGCAGCGCUACUUCAGCCGGUACGGCGAGGUCAUCGACUGUGUGGUGAUGAAGAACAACGAGACGGGUCGCUCGCGUGGUUUCGGGUUCGUGACGUUCGCCGAUCCGGAGAAUGUGGAGCGCGCGCUCGAGAACGGGCCGCACACGCUGGACGGUCGCACGAUCGACCCGAAACCGUGCAAUCCGCGCUCGCAGCACAAGCCGAAGCGUACCGGCGGUUACCCGAAGGUGUUCCUGGGCGGACUACCGCCCAACAUCACCGAGACGGAUCUGCGCUCGUUCUUCUGCCGCUAUGGCAACGUGAUGGAGGUGGUGAUCAUGUACGACCAGGAGAAGAAGAAAUCGCGCGGAUUCGGGUUCCUGUCGUUCGAGAGCGAGAGUGCGGUCGAGCGGGCAACCGCGGACCACUUUGUGCACAUCAGCGGCAAGCAGGUGGAGGUGAAGAAGGCGGAACCGCGUGACGGUAACCAGAACAAUAGCAACAGCAUGAACACGGACUCGUACCAGUGGGGUUCGCCGCAGGCACCGCCGAUGGGCAACGGGCAGAUGGGCGGACCGCCGAUCAACAUGCAGUCCAACAUGAUCCAGGGCUACCAGAGCUGGGGCACGUCGCAACCGCAGCAGGGUUACGCUGGGUACGGUGCCGGUGCGGCCGGUGCUGCCAACGCGUACCAGAGCUGGGGUGGACCGCCACCGCCGCAGCAGUGGGGCAACUACAGCGCGACCCCGCAGCAAACCCAGGGCUACGGUGCGUACGACAUGUACAACAACUCGGGCGCCGGUAGCGCCGGUGGGUACGGUUCGGGCAACUGGAACUCGUGGAACAUGCCACCGAACACGGCCGGUUCGGCUACGGGCUCUACCGCGGACAUGUACUCGCGCCCACAGUCGGGCCCAACGGCCGGACCCGGCGCUUCUGCCGGUCCAACCAGCGGCGGACCAUCGAAGCCGGGUUCGGAGUACGGGGGCGGUUCGGCUGCGUACGGUGGUGGUGCGGUUGCUGCGGCGGCUGCCGCUGCUGCUGUGACCGGGUACAACUACUACCAGAACGAUCAGAACUCGUACAACAAUCGGCCACGUUCGGUGUACGGUGCCGGUAGCGAUGCUACCUCCCAGCCGCCCUACCAGGCGUUCUAAAGCGGACGGACGACGGAUUAGUGUUCCGGAUGGGUGCGCGCUGCGGUGUCGGAUUUUGCGCACGGGAGUAGAAUGGCGUAAUUAUGAAAUAGAAAGAUAGACACACACACACUUUUGGCAUACCUUUUACACGAACCACGAAUGAAACAUUAGCCGUGCACAGACAGCAAACACAUUCACACAAAGUGCAAACACAAACAAAAGAGCAGCGGCAGGAGGAAUUAUCUAGCGAUGCGCAGAAACUCCAAACGGAAUUCCAGUGGAAGCAAGGCGGUUGUUGACAAGGAUAACGAUGGAAUUCCGAAGGUUUUGUGUUAACAAUAGCUACUGUACGCAUGCAAAGCUCACACAACACCACCACCACGAAAGAGAUAAAGCAUCGUAUUCAUUCAAUGCAAUAGCGAAAAAGAAACAAAACAGAAAAACCAGGAAAGCUAUUACGAACGUGAAAAGGAAGGCGAAACAAAACAAAAAAAUACGGAAAAGAGAUAGAGGUAAAACACAAACUCUACAUUAUAAAUAAUUAUAUAUACAUAUAACGAGGAGAAAAGGAAAACAAAACAGCAUAUAUAAACAGGAAGAGAGAUUCUGGUAAGAUGACGAGACAAACACAUACACACAAACGGAUGCUUAGCAAAGAUUAUAAGAUUAACUUCUAGUACUAUACAGAAAACAAAAAACACAUCCAUAUAUAUAUAUAUAAAUACAUAUAAAUGUUCAGAUAUAUCCUCCCCGAGAAAAAGAUGCCGCCAACAACAGGAAGGAAUGAUGCGAGAAGCGAACGCGCGCACGUAGGAAGGGCAAGUUACUAACUGAUAAUGUUUUGUUUGCCGACGUAAAAUGAGCGAUGUGAGCGGUUGGAAGCAAAGCAAGCACACAAAUUCAUGUUUAAGUAGUUUACAAAGCGAGCGAUUGGAGAUGAAGAGAUGGGUAACAUAUUAACAAACAACGUGUCCGUAGACACACUCGCACAUACGCGCCUGCACACAUACAUACACACACGCGCGAACGACGCUUUAGAAGAUAGCAAGCAACAAACAAAGCCUAGCGCAUAGAGUAAUGUGUUGUGUUGGUGGGGUGCUAUGAUAAAGCGGAUACUAUUACUAGAAAGACUUUCGAUUCGAUUUGCUCUGGACCGUAGUACUAUGGAGCGGCAGGAGCAUCCGGAUUAGAUUAGAUCGGAGGAGUAGUAGUGAUGAUUUGUGUCAUUUUGCAUUGGUGCAGCAUGCUUCCUGCGCUUUGGUGGCAAUAGUAACACGGAAUAUGUAUUAAAUUACUCUAGUUUUUUUUUGUUCUUUUAAUUCUUUUAAAAAAUUCGAUCGUUUGUAAGCUGGCGGCCAACCAGUACGUUAGAAGAGGAGUAGUAGCCUUUUAAACCCGAUUUUUUUUUGUUUCCUUUUUUUCGAAAUAGAAACAAGACGAACGUCCAUAAACGCGCGUAAUUGAGAGUGCAAAUUUGUUAUUGCGUACCCCUUUUUUUUAAAGCUAAUUAUCACCACCCAGAAACACAAGGAAAUUAAGCAGCAACAAGCAUAAGCCGUUGUGUGUGUGUGUAAUGUAUUGUAAAAAGGGCUUUUCUUUUUCGGGAAAUUCGUGUGUGUGUAUGUAUGUGUGCGUGUGUGUAUGUGCGAAUAGGAGGAUUUAGCGCGCCACAAAAAGAACGUGAGAGAGAGAGAGAGAGAGGGAUAUCAAAAACAGAAGGUGGUGGGUCUCGUCCCGAUGCUGUGGGGCACAUACAUGUGGAGCAUCAUCGUUUGGACACAGCAAACACUUAUGUGGCAGUAUAGGGAGAAAAGCAACAGGAGUGGCAAAAAAAGUAGUGGCUUUGCGUCUUUUUUUUAUAAUAAUCAUGGUUUAUCAAAGCGAAUAUGAAAUCUGUUCGGUGAAAUGUUUUGCUGCAACCUGUUUUCUUUUCAUUCGUUUGUAGUGUUUUUAAUUUUCCCUUGUUUCUUUUAAUUUUCUUACAAUAUUUCGUUCCACGAAUGGUUAUUUACUUUAAUUGUUCUACGACUAUGGUAUAGUUUCUUCUGCGCUUUUUCUUUUAAAAUAAUUCCCCGUUUUGCCAAAUGCAAACAACAACCACACACACGCACUGUAGCGCCCUACUACUACUACUAUACAGAGCUUCCACAAGAUUUGUAUUUUGUAAAAAAACAAACGAACCGUAGCUCUUAUCCGCGGUAAAUUAAUGUAGUAUGCGACUUUCCUUUUCCAUUUAACCAUUAGCAUGGGUAGAGAGCCGCGCACACAGGUUGCCUGUGAACCAACACCACCGUGGCAGAAUAGAGAGAUAGUGCUGCGGUAGCGUUUUCUGUGACAAAGCAAUGUAUCAUUGAAAGACGAUCAGCGCAAGGUCAAGAUUAUUCGAUAUCUUUUUUUUUUAUUCAUUUUUUUGUGUGCAACUGUCGUUCGGAAAGGAACGCCGCGCUGCGUAAGAAGAAUGAUCAACCCGUUUUGGUUCCGGGAUUUUUAAACUGCUAGCUUAAUCACACAUUUGCCAAGUAAAAACCCGACUGGAGAAAGCAAGUGUAACAUAAUAAUUAGAGGCAGGGAAAAGUGAGACAUAUGUAAUAGCCAUUAAUUUCGAGCGCUAAUUUCUAGAGAGACCCGAGCCAGGCACACAUAUAUACGCGCAUACGUCUAUUAGGAAGGAACUGAACAGCAGCAACACCCGCUUUUUAUUAAUGAUAAUGAAACAUUAUUUGGUUAACAACUCUCGAGCAUAAGAAAGAUAGUAUUCGUCUGUUUUAAUUUUUGCUAUCCUUUCCUUUUUUUUAAUAUAAAUUUGACGCGCGGAGUUCAGAAUUGUGUGCUCGUUGCGUACUACUUAUUACUACUACUACCGUGUACAUUCGGGACCAUUUUGCCCACCAUCAUCAGAAAACAAAACCGUUAAAUUUGUAAUGUAGUUGGCGCUCGGACUGUGGGAGCAGGAUUGCUCUCGCGCCGUUUGUAAAACGUUGUCCUCAACUUCUGUUACUCCACCCCCCCACCACCCCAAUCCUUACUUAUAUAGCUUCCCCAUCCGCAAAUCCUGCCCCCUCCCCUGUUUCGAUUAAGCGAUUCGUUUUAUAAACAAGUAUAUCAAGUAAUGUAGAGCUAGCAAGAAGGUAAAAACAAAAUGAACAACCACACACUUACAUCUAACAUCUAAGGGAAAGCGUAAAAAUACAAUACAAAAAUUAAACAUCUUUUUAAAAGAAGAGGAGAAGGGCACUAUUCUUAAAGAAAAGAGAAAAAAAAACACGGAAGGACACACCUCUACGAAUUAAGGUCAGGUUUAAGAACGAGAACUGAUAUUGUGUAACUCUUUUUUUUUGCUAGAAAAAUCAACCAGACAAUACCACCACCACCACCACACACACCAGUGUCUUCUGCGCCCGCGAAGGUUCACGAUUAUUUUCGAUUAGACUUACAUACGCACGUGUUAAUAUUAUGCUGUGGAGGAAGCAAAAGCUUAAAAAAAGUCGCACACAAAUCGAGACACAGGGCUCCGCGAAUGUUAAGAAAAGGGUUUUAAUUUUACUUUCGUGCUCCUAUCCUUCCUAGGAACCGAUAGGGAGAGGACGGACAACACGCUAAAGGACACAUAACUUGUAGGAAACCGGUACGCUGAAAGUGUUUGUUUUGUAACGUACGCGCAAUUUGGCAUUGUUCAACCGAAAAGGCGCGCGGUUUCUUGUGUAAGGUUCGUUGUACGCCGCGUCUGGCUCUGUAGGCGUAAGUGAGAUCAUUUUUAAAAGAACUCAGAUUAGAAAACGAAACGCAAAAAAUCAAACUAAAAUAGUGCUAAACUACUACUCUUACUACUACUAUUACUACUACUACUAUUACUGAUAGGUGUAGCGUGCGUACCAGAGCGUGCAAGGGAAUUUGCGUACGAGAUCGGACGAUGAGUGAUAUUAGCGUGUGAGUGUCUGUUAAAUAACUACUGCUUAAAACCGAGUCAAGCGAAACACAACACAAAUUGUUAAGAAACAAAACACAAGCAAGCCUUAAGAUAGUAGACGAAAGGAAAGUAAAACUAGUUUCCCCGUUUCCCGAUUCUUCUGUUUUUGUAAGUAGAAAAGUAUGAAAUCAUAAGCAGCAGCAGCAGCAGUAGAUACGGUCGCCACCAAGAAGUUAAGUUGAAAUGAGUUAAGCAAACGAGUUUUAAGUAAGAUGAGAAGCGGAAGCCCUGUUUUAGUAAGCGUAAAAGCCUGUAAUGGUUAAGAAAAAGAAAAAAAAAACACACACACAGAAGAGACCUGCAACACAACAGGAGAAUGGAAGUAACUUAAAGCAAGCAGUAAUUUAGCAAAGUCAGGAAAAUAGGAAAAGCAGAAGCGUUGGAUUUGUGUGCGCGUUAAAAGUCUAAGAAAAGAAGCGUGAACUUUUCCCCCAUAUUGUUGGUCUCCCCUUCGCCGGAAACGGAAUCGGUAUCGAAUACCGCCCCUUUUAGUAGUACCCUGCCUCCCCGGAUCCUUUCCCGUUCCCACUGAUGUAAAGUGCGUUAAGUUGAGUGUUAGGUAUUUUUUCUGUUUAAUUGUGUUUUUCUUUUACUUACGUGUCCUUUCGAUGUGUGUGUGUGUGAGUGUUUUAAAAACUGUAAUUCUUACUUAUACAUAUAGAUUCUCCUCCUAGGCUUUCCUGCCCUUAAACGUAGCAGUGUUGCAAAACAAAUUGAUAGUUAAGAACUCUCCUUAACCCCUUCUUCGAGUUACCUCCCGAAAACUAACCUUCUUCCUCUCCUCCACCCCUUCCCCCCGCCACGCAAAAAAGUAAUUAAUCUACCGUCUUUGCGCCCUCCCCCCGUGGAACUAGUUCCACCUUUGUUUUUUUUAAGGAUAAUGUUUUUUGAACAGUCUUUAGCUCGUAUUUUUUCCCUCUUAUUUUUUCGUUUGUUUGUUUUAAAUAUGUAAAAGUGUUGUGAACAACUGAACUGAGGUUUGAUAGAAGCGCAAGAGAUAGAUAACAACCGAGAACCCCCCCCUAAUCAAGAAUGAGUGCGUGCGUGUGUGUGCGUGUGCGCGCGCGCGUGUGUGUGUGCUACCCGGAAGAAGAUCCUAUGAGGAAGAUCCAGCAGAGUUCGUUAUGCUUAGCGGGCGCGCGCGCGCGUGCGACAGUUGGCGUAUAUUAUAAUUUUAUGUUCCGCUUUAUGAAUAUUUCUUCUUUUACGAUGUUUUUUUUUUUAAUAUUUUCUUCGUUCUUUCUGUGUAAUUUGCUAUCUUUUCAUUGUCCCAUUAUUAUGGCAUAAAUAUACAUCAUUUAUAAUUCAAGCAUA